UGAAUCUCUCUCUCACUAUUUCUGGCGGAGCCAGAAAAGCGCACAUGUUAAGGUACAUACAGCAAGAUAAGGUAAGUAUAAUUCUGGCAUUUUCUUUUUUACCCAAGUUUAUGUUCAAGCGAUGUUUAAAACAUGCUUUGGCUCUGCUAAACCGAUCCGCGUGUGCCCCUCCCACCGCUAGGACCUAAGCUCGGUUCUAUGUAACUCGGAUAGACCGAUUGCUCGACGCGAUGCGGAGUUCCGCAAUACCGAAUACCUCUGACGUCGGCAUCGCACUCGCGAUGUCGUUUUAAGCUCUUCGUGUGGCAGUAGCAGUGGUAUUCCAUGGCCGAUACCAAAUCCAUGACUUUUAGACCCUUCUGAUAUUCCGAUCGAAUGUGCUAACCGCCAGUGUUGUCCUCUCCUAUAAUAUAUAAGAAGGAUUAUCAUGAUUAGACGAUAGCAGCCAUGCCUCAAAGAUCUCAAUAUAACAUCGACAUACCAUCGACGAACAUCCUUUCCUAUUUAUUUCCGGAAAACUCCAUCCCUUCCGAAAAGCCACUAUGGAUCGACUCCGUCAACCCCAAUUCAAAGUCCUUGUCGCCAAAGCAGCUCCGUUACUGGUGUAAGCGAGUCGGCCAUGGCCUGCGAUCGCGCUAUGGACUUCAAGAUGGCGAUCUCGUGCUUAUGCUGUCAAAUAACCAUAUCUUUAUCCCCGUGGCAUACUUGGGGGUCGCUGGCGCUGGGUUGAUCUUUAGUGGAUGCAACCCGUCCUACACCACAAGAGAGAUUGCCAGGCAGAUUACUGAUAGCUGCUGCAAAAUCAUCCUGGUCGAGCCUGGCCUCUCAGGCGUUGCGCUUGAAGCAGCUCAAGCGGCAUCAUUUCCGACUAAGAACAUCCUUCUUUUCUCCGAUGCGCCUUGUGACUCCCAAAGUGGGCUCCUAGACUGGCAGACGGCAUUGCCAGACACACGAGAAGCUCAAUCAUGGCGAUGGCCUCCUUUGACGGGGAAAUGUUCUGCCGACACUGUUGCAGUCCUGAACUAUUCAUCAGGAACCACCGGCCUUCCAAAAGGUGUGAUGAUUAGUCACCGAAAUCUCAUAGCCAAUGUCGAACAGUCGAUAUUCAUGCGGAACCUCCCGGAAUCUUCAACAGCAGGACAACAGGAUGAACGCUGGUUGGGAUUCUUACCACUGUAUCAUGCCUAUGGUCAACUCUGGACAAUCCUAGCCGCUUGUCGAAUGCAGACACCGUGCUACAUGAUGUCCAAAUUCGACCUCAUGGCCUUCUUGUCUAACAUCCAGAAGUACCGAAUCACACAUUUGCAGACAGCACCUCCUGUUAUAGUUAUGCUAGCAAAGCGGCCAGAAUGCAACUCUUUCGAUCUCAGCUCGUUACGGAACAUAGUGUCCGGAGCAGCGCCCUUAGCAAAUACGCUGCAAAAUGAAGUAUCGGAUAAAUACAACCUGAGGAUCGUCCAGACAUAUGGCAUGACCGAGCUCACCUGCUCGACCCUCCACGUACCGGGUAACUUGGACGACCGAAGCGGAAGUGUUGGCCUUAUCGACCCCAAUGAUGAGGUGAAACUGCUGGAUAACCAGGGGCGCGAAGUCGCCAUGGGUGAAAGAGGAGAAGUGUGGGUUCGUGGACCAAACGUGUGCAUGGGAUAUUGGCGCAAUCCCACGGCGAAUGCCGAGACAUUCGAUUCCGACGGGUUCUUGAGAACCGGAGAUGUGGCCGUACGAGACGACCGAGGGUGGUACUGGAUUGUUGAUCGGAUCAAGGAGUUGAUCAAGGUGAAGGGCUUUCAGGUUGCUCCAGCGGAGCUUGAAGCCGUACUGCUUGAACAUCCUGGCGUUGCGGAUGCGGCUGUCGUUGGACUUAAGGGAGAACACGAAGAGCAGCCCAUGGCAUACGUUACCCUAAAGACAGAAGCGCUGGGAAAAUUGUCCGAGACAGCGCUACGAGAAUGGGUGAACGCAAAGGUUGCAAGACACAAGCAUCUCACCGGAGGUGUCUACUUUGUCGAUAUAAUUCCAAAAUCACCAAGCGGAAAGAUACAGCGUAUGACAAUGCGAACCUGGGCUGCUGAAAAGGCAAAGGAGAUGGCCGGUACGCCUGCGGUAAAAGCGAAGCUGUAGAGACAUGAAUGCGGGACCAUCAAUCGGGGAAGCACCGUUGUUAAUCCAUUCGGCGCAAGUCUCUAGCCCUGAGCCCAGGAAGAAUUGACCAUAGAGCGAAAUCUAAGCUGGGACAAUGUCCCACCUCCUAUGGCUUGAGACCCAACCUUAUGUCGGACUUGAAUGGAGUUAAAGCUGGUAGUAAUUCCAUAACAAAUGUGACUCGAUUGCUACAGCUAUCCAUGUAUCGCCAGAUAUUUAGUUCAUGGAGCGGAAUUUGCAAUGAUGGCAUCGAGAAGACUGAUAGUAGUUAGCAGCGCUGGGCGGCGAUAAUGGACUUAAUAGCGGUUAUCGCCAUUCCCCGCACUGGAA